CUCAGACCAUUUUACAAGCCCAAGACCCUUCUGGCAAAAGAUGUGUCCUCAACACCCAGCCAACCCUUGCUGGUUAUGGUCCCGCCGACCAACUCCAAGCCAGCGGGGACCAGGGCCUCGAACCCUCUCUCCAAACCCCUCAAACCGGUCGCACCUCAAAGACCGCUCCCGGGCCUAAAAGUUCACCCCGCUUCCUUCGCCUUCAAGAAGUGACGACGGCUUUGGCCCACGACGCUGCCUUCCUCAUUUGCACUACUGCGGUUCCAACGCAGGGAUUUUUGGUUACGAGAGACAUUUUCACCUUUUGGGGAGUGGGGGGGGGGGACUUGGAAAAUGGAAACCGUCCCACCCAAAAAAAUAUAUGAAGAAACGGAGGAGGGAAGAGUCACCAAAAACCUUUUGUGGGGCUGUGGAGAGAGUAAGGCGGACCUCGAGACCCGUGGCUUCAUCUGAUCCGCCGAAGCUUCGUGAAUGUGACGAGAUUCACGACCUACCUCCUUGUUUUGCACAACCUCGUGAGAUGUUUUCCCUCCUGGAACGCCAGUUUUGGGGGGAACCUGGUCCUGAAGUUGGUGUCACCGAUUUACAGGUGGACACCCUCCCACCCACCCACCUCCGCCAGGUUUCCAGAUGUACGAUGCAGCAAACCAUGAGAUGGAAACUUCUCCAUCUGGACAUCCAGGCGGGAUUUUGGGUUGAGCUUAGAUGGUCUGGAAGAAAACAGUUUGGGAGAAAUGAUGCAGAAGAAGGAGGAGUUGAUGAGCUUUGCUUGAGUCCUCCUUGACACCCGUUCCUUCCACCUGGAGAAGAAGGCCAUCUCAGAACAUCUCCCCUGAUUCCAGAAAACAGGAAGGGCCUUGGGAAGUGCCUCCCCUGAUUCCUUGGAAGGGUGCUGUUGGCCAGAACAGAUGUUCCUUGGGCAACGUCUUGGUUCCUUGAAGUUGGGCGAUCCAAGAUCUUCAUCGGGGGGCAGAAGACCUCCUUCCACUCUCUCUCUUUGCCACAGUUACAAUGGAGGGCCAUUUCUACCCUACACAUCUAUUUGGACAAAGUUCAGGAAGACUCCCUGUAGACCAUCAACACAACAACCCACAACAGUCAACCCUACUGGAGUCCAUGUGGUUGGCGGUGAAUUAAAAAAUAGGACCAGGGGGAUGAAGUUCUAGCUUUUCUGUGGGAACGGAAAGAUUUCCCUCCCAAGAAAAUCAGGUCCAACUUUUGUUUUGAAGGGUGAAGGCCAGCAGAAGAACAGCACAGGGGAAGCAACGUUCCUGACUCAGUACAGGCCCUGUUGACUGGCAGUGGGAGAAUGAUUAUGGGGUCAUCAUAGAUGGUGGACCAUCCUCUCCCACUCCGUCCCACCACUUAGGCCCAGGAACAUCAUAGAUGAUAGACCAAGUCUUGAAGGACACUCAGCAUCUUCUUCCUGUCCAUCCUCUCCCACUCCAUCCCACCACCCAGGGCCAAGAACAUCAUAGAUGAUGGACCAAGUCUUGAAGUCCACUCAGC